CAGAGCCUGUCCAUUUGCUUAAAGAAACAAGAUCUUCAGUGCAGGAGCAACAGACACUAUCCGGGAAGACCCACUCGGCCAUGUCUCUGUGGCUACCUUUCCGAGGCAGACGGAAGCUGGGGCGGAAGAACUCACUGGGGGGCUCCUCGCAGCUCCCCAAGGCCCUGAGGGAAAGGUGCCUGAUGGAAGGCCGCCUCUUCGAAGAUGACUGCUUCCCAGCCAGCCUGAGCUCCGUGGGCGGUGGGCCCCUGCUGCGGAAGCUGCCACCCGGCCUGCAGUGGAGGAGGCCUCCGGAGCUACGCAGCAAUCCCCAGUUCUAUUCUGCCAAUGCCAAAAGACUGGACCUGUGCCAGGGAGUGGUAGGUGACUGCUGGUUCUUGGCUGCUUUGCAAGCCCUGACUUUGCACCAGGACAUCCUGAGCCGUGUCGUUCCCCUGAAGCAGAAUUUCACUGAGAAGUAUGCCGGCAUUUUCCAGUUCUGGUUCUGGCACUUUGGGAAGUGGGUGCCUGUGGUGAUAGAUGACCGACUCCCUGUGAAUGCAGCUGGCCAGCUGGUGUUUGUCUCUUCCACCGACAAACACUUGUUCUGGGGAGCUCUUCUGGAAAAGGCCUAUGCUAAGCUCUCUGGCUCCUACGAAGACUUGCAGCAUGGACAGGUGUCUGAAGCACUCGUGGACUUCACUGGAGUGGUGACGAUGACCAUCAAUCCAGCAGAAGCCCCUGGCAACCUCUGGGACAUCCUAACCUGAGCCACCUACAGCAGAACCCUCAUUGGCUGCCAGACCCACUCAGGGAAGGAAAGGGUGCUGGAGAAUGGGCUGGUGGGCGGCCAUGCCUAUACCCUCACAGGAAUCAGGAAGGUGACCUGCAAACAUGGACCAGAAUAUCUAGUCAAGCUGCGGAACCCCUGGGGCAAAGUGGAAUGGAAAGGAGACUGGAGUGACAGCUCAAGUACGUGGGAGCUACUGAGCCCCAAGGAGAAGAUUCUACUGCUGAGAGAAAGUGAUGAUGGAGAAUUCUGGAUGACACUGAGGGACUUUAAAGUGCAUUUCAUGCUUCUGGUCAUUUGUAAACUGAUCCCAGGCCUGCUGAAUCAGGAGGUGGGCCAUUCAGCAUGCACCAUGCAAGAGGGGAAGUGGGAGAAGGGGAGCACGGCUGGUGGCCGGAUGAAGUCGCCCCAAGACACAUUCUGGAAGAACCCACAGUUUCUGCUGUCUGUCUGGAGCCCUCAGGAGGGCAGGAGUUUCCUGAUGCCCUGCAGCAUGCUGGUGUCCCUGCUCCAGAAGCCCAGGCACAGGCACCGCAACCGGAAGCCUCACCUUGCCAUCGGCUUCUACCUCUUUAGGUUGAGCAAGUACUAUGGUGACCAGAGGAGACUGCCUCCUGAGUUCUUCUGGAAAAAUACUCCCCUAAGGUGGCCCGAAGCAUUUCUCACAGAGAAAGAAGGGAGUCAAGAGCUGCAGCUGGAGCCAGGGACAUACCUCAUCGUGCCCUGCACCUCUGAGGCCGGCCAGGAGUCGGAGUUUCUCCUGAGAGUCUUCCCCAGGAAGCACAUCUUUCAUGAAAUCGGCUGCAACGUCAGUGCUGUCUUCUCUAAGGAAAUAGUGGACCAAAAUGAAGGGCAGGAUGAAUUCUUCACUAAACUCUUUGAGAAGUAUCCAGAAAUAAAUGCAGUGCAGCUGCAGAAGAUCCUGAACCACAUGACCUGGUCAAGUCUGGGGAACGCCCAGCCUCUCUUCAGCCUGGACGCCUGUCAGGGGAUCCUGGCCCUGCUGGACCUUAAUGCGUCUGGUACUGUGAGCAUCCAAGAGUUCAGAGACCUGUGGAAGCAGCUGAUGCUCUAUCAGGAGGUUUUCCACAAGCACGACAGUAACCAGUCGGGAUACCUGAACAGGACUCAGCUGCAGGCCGCCAGGAGGGACGCAGGAAUCGUGCUCAGUGAUGAUGUCUGCCUGCUGAUGCUUAUCCGGUACAGCGGCCCCAACCUCCAGAUAGACUUCGUCGGCUUUGUCCACUUGAUGCUGCGCGCAGAGAACAUGGAGGAUGCCUUCCAGAACUUAACCCAAGAUGGCAAAGGGAUAUACCUCCAGAAGCCAGAGUGGCUGAUGAUGACUCUGUACUCCUGAGAAGGCUGGGGCCCUAUGUACCUUCACCGAGGAUGCUGCAUAUGGCUCAAAGGUAGCCUUCGGCUGAGACCAAUCCACACUCAACCCAUUUACUGUUCUUCAGGACCAUGUCUCCAGUCAUCAUCUUCUCAGCUGGGAAGUUUUCUUUUCUGCAGAUCUCCCCUUCAGAUAGGCAGUGUGCAAAAAGGGAAAGGAAUUAGCAGAGAUUGCCUUGGACUUGUAAAGACCAACUGUCAUUCUCAGGCCACAACCUUUUCACAAGCAGAGAUGUACCUGAUGUGACCUAAGCAAUCUGACUCCAGAAUUGGUGUCUCAACCUUUAACAAUACUGCCUCCAUGGCUGUCCAACUUAAAUGACCUUAGUCGAAUGUUGCCCAUUCGGGGUAAUAGUCUAGGUUUUAAGAUCUGAAGAGGGACUAGUAUGUCCUUAAACAACUGCACCAGCUUCUAGAAAUCGGUGGAUUCAGGCUAAAUUUCAACUGUGUGGAGGUGCGGUGGGGCUAUAUCAAGCUUUCAAGAACACAGAAAAUGAGAGGAUUGGCAGAGUCCAGGUGGGUUGGGCUGGCUCUGGCAUUUGAGGUCACUGGAUGGUCUUCUGCUACAGUAUCUCCAGAUGGUUGAAUUUGGGGCCGGAACCAGUGGAUUUAAAACACCUGAAUUCUCCAAGAGCUUCCUGCAUAUAAUAGGUGCCAAUCUGUUUACUUGACCUAUGGACUAUCAGAUCCAUUUCAAAUCAGUCCCCAAAGCCUCUGUGUGCCAACUUUAAAGAAGAACAACCAAUCCAUGCUAUAUCAUAGAGCUAAGCAGUAGAUGGUUGGUAUCUCUGAUUCUUUGAACUACCAUGCUGCCUCAGUUUCACAGCAUCCCUCUCAACCCAGAACCUGGAGGAAAACCAGAAUAAAGACCAUCUCCCAAAGUCCAUACAUUUUACUCACAGGUUAGCAACCCAGAGCCAUUUGUUAAAAUUCUAUUUAUUCUUGAUUUCCAAACUGUUCUAAUAGACAUGACUGUCUGGUUUCCAAACCCAUAAAAGACUAAAGGAGGAAGCUGAAUAAAAGGGUGUCCAUUCGCAGAACAAAAGGAAACCUGACAGUCCGAUAAAUGGGCACUGAAGAAGGAGCAAACACUUUCUAAGCAUGGCUUAAGGAAGUAGAAAAGUAUUUUACUUAGAAAAAACUUUAUUGAUUCCAAAUGAUGAAAUGUAAAAUGGUUUUCCAUAAAGUUCCAGGCACAUGAGGUAUUACUGUUUUUAUAAAUGAUGAUCAUGUGUUAUAGGCAAGAUUUUUAUGUCUAUUUAUUUGUCAGUAUCUCUGUCUUUAGAUUCUGCCAUUGUAAAUAUUUGUUUUAAUUAAAUAGCUAUUGCU